AUGCACAGGUGGGGUGCACAUAUCCUGGUGGUGUCCAUAUCAUGCACCCCUGUUGUUUUGUGUUUAUUGUCUGGGCUGAUUGGAUCACUUGCUUGUGCACACUUUGGAACGAAGGCCAGGCACCUCAUUGGCUUGAGGAUGUCAUCAGCAAUGAAUGGAUGUGUUUCUCUACUGGGUGUGGCAAACAAGUUGCGUUGGCCUUGUGAAGUGGCCUCUCGCCCUGUAGCCUGCUGUUGGUCCAAUGCGUUUCUGGUGGAACCAUUUCCAUGGGCACAGGAACAUCCUUGCUUUUGGAAGUACCCAGGUGCCACAGUGUAUCCCUAA